AUGGAUAUAUAAAAUUAGAAAAGAAAGAGUAAAUUUUCAUUCUCUCGUGCUCCUUCAAAUGAAAAUUCUAGUGCUUUACAAUAAUUAAAAAAUAGGUUCAAAGGUAAAAUGAGUUUAUAUUUAUAGGAUAAAUGCUCUAAUUGAUUAAUAAAAAUGAGAAUAAGGAUUAAGAUAAAUAGAUUUAAGAGUUUUUAAUUAGAAUAAAUGUUGAAUUAGAAGAGGAAGAUCUUAAAUACAUAAAAUUCGAUAUGAGCUUGUUUCAUGAAAAUUAUAUUGAUGGUGAAAUAUUGGGAGAAGGUUGUAUUGGAUUAGUAAGAAGUGUUACAAGAAAAUAAGAUGGUUGUGAAUUUGCAUGUAAAAUUGUAAAGACAGAUUCUGAGGAGAUUGUUAAAAAUGUUAUUUUGAAUAUUUAUGUGAUAGAUGAUUUUAGAAUUCAAGAAUCUUAAAAAAUUAAGCCAUCCUCAUAUUGUUGCUAUGAAGGAACUAUUCAUUUAAUGGAAUGAAGGUUUCUAAAGCACAGGAACAGUUUUAGUAAUAAUGGAAAAGGUAAAAGGUAAGGAAAUGUUUGAAGUAAUACAAAAGUAAAAGAAUUAUAGUGGUAUAUUAUGAUAUAAAUUUUUAGAAUGGACUGCAAGAAUUUUAUUUGAGUAAAUAUUGGUUUCUAUAAAAUAUAUGCAUGAUAAUUAUUGUUGUCAUAGAGAUUUAAAACCAAAUAAUAUUUUAUGUACAGAGGAUGGCACAUCAAUUAAGAUUACAGACUUUAAUGUAUAUAAUAAAUUAAUAAAUUAGGUUUCAAAAUUUACUGAUGGCUAUAAAGAAUUCACUAAUUUAGAUGAUCAUGGUAAAAUUGAAAUGUGGACAUAUACAGGUACUGUUGCAUUUUCAGCUCCUGAAAUAUUUUCAGGUGGUUUGUACAAGUAAAUUAUAUUUUUUAAUCAGUGAAUAAGUUGAUUUAUGGAGUGCAGGUGUAAUAUUGUAUGUAAUGUUAAGUGGUGAAUUACCAUUUAAUUCAGAAUAUCUUAAUGAUCUUAUUGAUUAAAUUUAGAAAUGUAAAUACUAAAUGAUUGGUCCAAUUUGGGAUUAAAUUUCAUCAUAAGCAAAAGAUUUAAUAUAAAAUUUAUUAUAAUUAGAUCCACUUCAUAGAUUAACACCUGAAUAAGCUCUAGAUCAUCCUUGGAUUAAAAAUGUUUAAAAUAAAUCAGAGAUUCCUAGAGAUACUUUAGAAAAGAAUAUGGCAAGAUUUUUAAAUCAAAAAAUAAAUACUGAUUCUGAAUUAAGUGCCAAAAAAAUAAAAUAAAUAUGUUUUCUAUUUGGAGCAGGAGAAAUUUGGAAACGUCACUCUUUAAAAAAUUCAUCAGUUUCCAAAAUUUCUGAAGAUCUUAAGAAAUUUAAAUCUAUUGAUAUUUCAACAUACAAAAAAGAAAUUUAAGUUACUAAGGAUUAGAAUUCUAAUCAUGUAUAUCAUAUAGAUUGUCCAUUUAGUGAUGAUUCAGAUUGA